AUUGAUGCGUGGUGGACUCAACUCCGGGGUGGCAACGUGUGGAUCAAUCACCAGUCUGAUUUUCUUGGCCAUACUUAUUGUCGUAGAUAGGGUCUCCGUUUGCGCGCGCCCGACACUGACCGCAUACACCCCAAGCCAACAGUACCGAGCAAUGGUGCCUCGGAGACACCCUGGUUACCGCACGGCGUGACAUGACAUUGCUAUUCUCGACACAGGAGCCCCCAGAGUGCUCCUCAAAUACGGUCUCGCUUCUUUAAUUAUCUCCGACCCUCUUCACAAUGCCUUCUUCAUCCGAAUAUUUACAUCCGCACGGCCGUGCCAGCAUCGCAGGCGACUCUGGUUCCGACGAUGACCUCGAUUUGGAGGAGCUUGAUCCCAGCACCACACAUUCAUACGGAGCCCCUCGCCGCUCGAGGGAUGAUUCCAGUCGCCAAAGGAGUCGCGGUCCCGGCAUCGCUUUGCGGAAUCUACGCGUUGGUGUGGGAAACCGAGUAUGGCGACGAAACGCCUCUGGUACACUUGGAAGAUCGGAGGACAUGGAUGGUCUUCUCGAAGAUCGGGGGGAAGAUGGACUCCGCAGGUCGCACGCAAGCUCCCGCAACUAUACCGAUGAUGAUGCCCCGCUGCUCAACGAACGCAGGCGUAGCUCCGCUCGCUCAUUAGCGGAUCUCGAGCGGGCGUCGCAGAGAGGCUCGCGGUUCAGAAUCCCAGGGAUCAAGGCGGCGAGCUUUCUUUUUGGCUCUUCCAACCGUGCGCCCUCGGAUCAGACCGAGAUAAAACCGCCGCGCGAUGUCCUCGUCGGCCAAACGCAACGGACCAAAUACCCCGCAAACAUUGUAUCGAACGCGAAGUACACUCCGUGGAGCUUCCUACCCCGCACGCUCUAUAACGAAUUCUCCUUCUUCUUCAACAUUUACUUCCUUCUUGUCGCCCUUUCACAGAUCAUCCCGGUGCUUCGAAUAGGCUAUAUGUCGUCGUAUAUUGCGCCGUUGGCCUUUGUCGUUAGUAUAUCGCUGGGAAAGGAGGCUUUGGAUGAUAUUGGCCGUCGUCGCAGAGACGCCGAGGCAAACGCUGAGGAAUUCACCGUUCUCAACUUUGAUAGGCCGAAUGGGCCGAUGGAAGUCAUCAAAAAGUCCCGGGAUUUGAGAGUUGGCGACGUUUUAAAGGUUCGCAAGAACCAGCGCUUGCCUGCGGAUGUUGUGAUUCUCAAGAGCAUUUCCAAUGACUCUGCGAUUGCUCGUCAAAGCUCCCUGGCCGAAAGGCCAGCUGAAUUUACUUCUCAGGAGCAAAACCUACUGUCGCCUACCGCGGAGCCUAGCUCAAGCGCUGCGGCAAGUGAGGCCAAUAUCUCUUCGGCCAGCGACACCUUCAUUCGGACCGACCAAUUGGACGGUGAAACCGACUGGAAGCUACGACUGCCCUCUGUGUUAUCGCAGAGCCUGUCGCUCGGCGACCUGCCCAGGUUGAAGGUCACUGCAAGUGCGCCCGAUAGACGAGUCAAUGAGUUUGUGGGUACCGUUGAACUGGGGCCGCCGUCCGGGUUCUACGAUCCUCACGUCGAUAAACGGGAGAAUGGGGGUGACUAUGAGACCUCAGACACACAGGCCAACUCUGCUCCCUUGACCAUCGACAACACGGCGUGGGCCAACACUGUUCUUGCUUCCAACACGAUCACAUACGCUACCAUUAUUUAUACGGGAUCUCAGACGCGGGCUGCCCUUUCAACGUCGGCAUCUCGCUCGAAAGUGGGUUUGCUAGAGUACGAAAUCAACAACCUGACCAAGAUCCUCUGCAUUCUGACCCUGGCCCUGUCCAUCGUUUUGGUUGCUCUGGAGGGUUUCCAACCGACCAACGACAAGGUGUGGUAUGUUGCGAUCAUGAUCUAUCUGAUUCUUUUCUCGACAAUCAUCCCCAUGAGCUUGCGGGUCAACCUGGACAUGGCGAAAUCCGUGUACGGCCGGUUCAUUGAGAGAGACAAGGAUAUUCCAGGCACGGUUGUAAGGACCAGCACGAUUCCUGAAGACCUUGGUAGGAUUGAGUAUCUUCUUUCCGACAAGACAGGAACCUUGACCCAAAACGAAAUGGAACUGAAGAAGAUUCAUGUCGGCACUGUCUCGUACGCCAAUGAUGCUAUGGAGGAAGUGGCGUCGUAUAUCCGACAGAGUUUCGCCGGAGACUCUUUGACCACUCCUUCCACUGCAUUUGGAGCACAAGCAGGACUUGGGACGGCUCCACGUACAAGACGAGAGAUUGGCUCUCGGGUCCGAGACAUCGUUUUGGCACUUGCUCUUUGUCACAAUGUCACCCCAACGAGUGACGAAGAGGACGGCGUCAAAGUCACCAACUACCAGGCUUCGUCUCCCGAUGAAAUUGCGAUCGUGAAGUACACCGAAGAGGUCGGGCUAAAACUCGCGUAUCGCGAUCGACAGUCCAUCGUCCUGGAAUCUACCCACACUGGAAAGGUCGUCGUUCGGGUCCGCAUUCUGGAGAUUUUCCCCUUUACAUCAGACAGUAAGCGAAUGGGGAUUAUCGUGCAAUUUGAGACGGACGACGGCAUCUUGGACACAUCCAAUAACGAUAGCGAGAUAUGGUUCUACCAGAAGGGAGCAGACACGGUUAUGACCACCAUUGUUGCAGCAAACGAUUGGCUCGAUGAGGAGACGGCUAAUAUGGCUCGCGAGGGCUUGCGGACUCUGGUCGUCGGACGGCGCCGGCUAUCUGCGCAGCAAUAUGAGGACUUCACCGCCAAGUACAGGCAAGCCUCCCUCGCCCUACAGGGACGCGAUGUCGGCAUGGCCAAGGUGAUUAGCGAGCAUCUGGAGCGUGAUUUGGAACUGCUCGGUGUAACCGGUGUCGAGGACCGCCUUCAACGGGAUGUCAAACCCUCUCUCGAGCUGCUACGCAACGCCGGUGUCAAGAUCUGGAUGUUGACGGGCGACAAGGUCGAGACCGCCCGUUGUGUGGCCAUUUCCGCCAAGCUAGUCGCGCGUGGACAGUAUAUUCACACUGUUGCGAAGGUCAAGGACAAGUCUACCGCUCAAGAGGCGUUGGAUUUCCUACGCAACAAGACGGACUGUUGCCUGCUUAUCGAUGGCGAGUCACUCUCUCUCAUGCUUGGUCAGUUCCGGACGGCAUUCAUAUCCGUCGCUGUCCUGCUACCAGCUGUUAUUGCCUGCCGAUGCUCUCCCACCCAAAAGGCUGAAGUCGCCGAUCUCAUUCGCCACCAUACCAAAAAGCGCGUCUGCUGUAUCGGUGACGGUGGAAACGACGUCUCCAUGAUCCAAGCCGCGGAUGUCGGAAUCGGCAUUGUCGGCAAGGAGGGCCGUCAAGCUUCCCUGGCCGCCGACUUUAGCAUCACCCAAUUCCACCAUCUCACCAAACUUCUUGUCUGGCAUGGACGCAACUCGUACAAGCGAUCCGCCAAACUCGCCCAAUUCAUCAUGCACCGCGGGCUCAUCAUCAGUGCCUGUCAGACCAUGUACAGUAUCGCCAGCCAUUUCGACCCAAAGGGUCUCUUCAUCAACUGGCUGAUGGUCGGCUACGCCACCGUCUACACCAACGCCCCUGUUUUCUCGCUCGUGUUCGACCGUGACGUCGACGAAGAACUCGCCAACCUCUAUCCAGAACUCUACAAGGAGCUCAAAACCGGACGCAGCCUCAGCUACCGGUCAUUCUUCACCUGGGUUCUGGUCUCUGUCUACCAAGGCGCCGUCAUCCAGGGCCUCUCCCAAAUCCUCCUCGACACCAUCACAGGACCCCGCCUCAUCAGCGUCUCCUUUACCGCCCUCGUCAUCAACGAACUCCUCAUGGUCGCCAUUGCCAUCACCACCUGGCACCCGAUCAUGAUCUUCUGCAUCAUCGGCACGGCCCUCGUCUACGCCUCCAGCGUCCCAUUCCUCGGUAGCUACUUCGACCUGCACUACGUAAUCACCGUAGACUGGCUCUGGCGAGUCGUCGCCGUGUGCGCCGUAUCCUUGAUUCCUAUCUGGGCUGGGAAAAUGAUCCUCCGAUCCUGGAGUCCGCCCAGCUAUCGGAAAGUACGUGGAUGAGCUACCCCCAUAUUGUCCGCUUCGAUUCAUACUGUGACGGUGUCUGGUGUAGCCACUUGACAUUCACACUGUUGUUUCUAUUGAGUACUAUAUCUAGCGGUGCGCAGUGUGCUGUACAUCAUUCACACGUGUGCUUGCUUCCCAUGCUACAUGUAUCCAGACUCGCCUUCCUUGCCUGCUGGUAUCUAUAUAGACUUAGCGAUAGCGAAUUACACCUGCUUCGUACCUC